AGAGCUGAAAAAAAUGGCGAAUGCACAAUUUAAGAUUGGAACAAAAAUAUCUCUUAUUGUUUCUAGGGGACUACUUUGUUCGCAGGGUUCAGGAAGUAAAACAGGAUGUAGCUGAAUGGACAUUGUUUGGAGCAAUUUUGCCAACACGAAUUCAUCAUGGAGGGAAGUUCCAAAAGUGAUGCUGCUGCUGAGCCGAGUGUUGCUGCUCAGGUUCCUUUCCUUCAUUUGUGCACAACUUUAGAGAAAAUCCAGAAGUCCAAACUCCGUCCAGAUAAAUCCAAGAUCCUUGGGGAUUUCAUUGAAUCAUGGCGAAAAUUUCAUGCUGCACUCCACAAGAGCAACCCUAAAACUAUAGACUCCUUCUACCCUGCUAUGCGCCUUAUCGUCCCCCCUUUUGAACGAGAGCGAAUGGCAUAUGGCAUCAAAGAGAGCAUGCUAGCUAAGCUGUACAUAGAUGUUUUAGGCCUACCAAAGAAUGGCCCAGAAGCCAGUAAACUGCUUAACUACCGUGCUCCGACUACAUCCCAAGGAGAAGCUGGGGACUUUGCCGGCAUGGCAUACUUUGUGCUAAAGAAACGAUGCACCAGCCAGGGAAACCUCAGUAUCAAAGAGGUCAAUGACUUUCUAGACUCAGUGGCUAUCAACAAUGCCAGCAAGCAGAAGGAUCUGGUGAAAAAGAACCUGCUGCAUCUCAUCACACAGAGCUCGGCUCUAGAGCAAAAAUGGCUUAUCAGAAUGAUUCUGAAAGACAUGAAGCUUGGAGUCAGCAAGGAAACUGUUCUCCAGGUCUUCCACCCGGACGCCGCCGAGCUCUACAACGUCAACACUGACUUAAAGAAAGUAUGCCAGCAGCUGCACGACCCCUCCGUGUCUUUAAGCGAAGUCUCGAUUGAACUUUUCUCUGCUUUCAAGCCUAUGUUGGCAGCGGUGGCCAACAUCCGCAACGUAGAGAAGCAGAUGGGCAACAGCCCCUUUUUUAUUGAGACAAAGCUGGAUGGGGAGCGGAUUCAGCUGCACAAGGAUGGAGACGUGUACAAGUACUUCAGCCGGAAUGCUUUUGAAUACACACAGCAGUUUGGGGGAUCACCGCUCGAGGGAUCGCUCACUCCUUACAUCCACAACGUUUUCAAAAGCAACAUUGUAAACUGUAUUCUGGACGGUGAGAUGAUGGCGUUCAACCCGACCGCAGAGACCUUCAUGCAGAAAGGGAGCAAAUUUGACAUUAAGAGACUGAUGGACGACUCGGAGCUGCAGACGUGCUUCUGUGUGUUUGACGUGUUGUUAGUCAAUAACCAAAAGCUUGGCAAAGAGCCCCUGAAGAAGCGGUACGAGAUUCUUCAGACCGUUUUCACCCCUGUCAAGGGAAGGAUACAUGUGGUGCCAAAGACUGAAGUCAGAACCAUGCAAGAGGUCAUUGGUGCUCUUAAUGAUGCUAUUGACUACAGGGAGGAGGGGAUCAUGGUGAAGGACCCUUUAUCCAUUUAUAAACCUGAUAAACGAGGGGAGGGCUGGCUGAAAAUAAAGCCAGAAUACGUGGACGGUUUGAUGGAUGAGCUUGACCUGCUGAUUGUCGGUGGUUACUGGGGGAAAGGAAGACGGGGUGGAAUGAUGUCCCACUUUCUAUGUGCUGUUGCUGAAGCGCCAAAACUUGGUGAGAAGCCUUCAGUUUUCCAUUCCUUCUGCCGCAUUGGUUCAGGUUACACUAUGAAGGAGUUGUAUGACCUCGGGUUGAAGCUCGCUAAGCACUGGAAAGUCUACCGGAAGAACGACCCACCUGCAUCCAUCCUCUGUGGAGCAGAGAGACCAGAAGUGUACAUUGAACCCUGCAACUCGGUCAUCAUCCAGGUUAAAGCGGCUGAGAUAGUUGGAAGUGACAUGUAUAAGACCAACUGCACACUGCGCUUCCCCAGAAUCGAAAAGAUCCGUGAGGACAAGGAGUGGCACCAGUGCGUGACUCUGGCAGAGCUGGAUGAGUUUCGCAGCAAGGCAUCGGGAAAACUGGCCUCGCGACACCUUCACAUUGACAACGAUGAACCCCAAAAGAAGAAGCGGAAGCUGCCUGUCAAACCUAAGAAGGUGGUCGGCAUCAUUGACCACUUUAAGCCCCAGGAUCUGUCCGGGGUUUCCAAGGAGACGGAUAUGUUCGAGGAUGUGGAGUUCUGCAUCCUGAAUGGCACUGAAGAUCACCCAAAGUCAGAGCUGGAGAAGGGUGUGGCCAGAUGUGGAGGUAUUGUGGUUCAGAACCCAGGACAGGACACCUACUGCGUGAUUGCUGGCGUGGAAAACAUGCGUGUGAAGAACCUGAUUUCGUCGAAUCAACACGACGUGGUUUGGGCGUCCUGGCUGGUGGAGUGCUUGAACCAGAAAAAAGUGGUGCCAUGGCAACCUCGCCACAUGAUCCACAUGUCUCCCUCGACGCGGGAACACUUUGCCAAGGAGUAUGACUGCUACGGCGACGGCUACUUUGUGGACAUUGACGAGCAGCAGCUGCAGGAGGUGUUCGGCAGGAUCGACAGCAAGCAGGCGGUGACAGCGGUCAACGCGGCACAGGUGGAGGAGCGUUACGGCUGGGAUGACCUUCCCACAAGCAUGUUCAGACCCUUCAUGGUUUACUUGGACAUGUUUGCCGACAUUGGAGAUCCUAAAAGCGCCAUACAUGCUACCUGUCUGGACAUCAGGGCGUUGGAGGUUCGAUAUCAUGGAGGGACGGUGGUGCAGGCGUUGCAGGAAGGAGUUUCACAUGUUGUUGUUGAGGAGGAGUCAAGACUUCUGGACCUAAGGACUCUACGACGCUGCUUUAGGAGGAAGUUUAAGAUUGUAAGAGACUCGUGGGUGACUGACUCAAUCAAAGCAGGCUAUCUGAUGGACGAUGCCGACUACUUGGUUUAAGGUUUCCCAGCGAUAAGCAGAGUUCAAAUUUUAACGGGUAUUUUAAUUCAUUUUUAAUCAUAUUACAAAUAAAGGUAGAAAAUUUAAAUGGCUCUAUCGAUGUGCUUGUCAGGGUUUUAACAUAUUAUAUAAUUUGUUUGUGGUUUCAAAUUGUAUAAGAAGGAAAAUGUCAAUGAUUUUUUUCCAAUUUGAAUAGCUUUAGGAAAUAUUAAAAGGAUAUUUUCAUGGAUAAUUAUUUUAAUGGGAUUUUAUGUGACGGGCCAGCAGCAGUGAAACUAAAAUUAUAUAUUUUUUUGCAAAACUAAUCUGAUAGGUAUGGUGGUUGAUGCCGAGUACACAGUGAAACAUGGUGGUGGCAGCAUCAUGCUGUGGCCAUGUUUAUCUUUUUCAGUAGAGAUAGGAAAUGAGAAGAUGGAUGGAAGUAAAUACUGAUCUCUGACGAGCUUCCCUGUCUUUACUGAAGAAACACAUCCCCACAGAAUGAUGCUGCCACCACCAUGUUUACCUUUGUGUUGGUCCAAUGCUUAUAAGUAUAACUGAAUAUGUCAAUUUAAUAUAAAAAUGUGGAAAUAGUCAAGACUCAUGAAUGCUAUGGCAAUAAAUGACAUUCUCGGUUAUUAGGAGACAUGAAGUCUUUCGUCAUAAUAUGUAAAGGGAUGUACCAGUAUAUGGCAUGUAUAUGUUGAACAAAUGUUUGCAAUUUAGUUUUUAAUAAACAAUAAAGCCAU